CGGUCACCGUUGUCUCGCCGGAGCUUAAUUAGCAAAGUGCUCGUUCCCUCUAAUCGCCCAUCAACCGAGAACCUCGACAUUAAGGAAGAAUCAACGGUGACAUUUAUCGGGGGAUCUGUCCUGUUUUAAAAUCGAAAUUGCACUUUGAUCAACACAGCCGAAGUAAUGGUCAGCGUGUCAGACUAUCGUGAUAUCUCUCUGGACGGAAGUGAUGCGACAAAGGAAUCAUCCUCUGUGCCGGACGUUAUCAAAACUGUUUCGGAUAAUGCGGGAUAUCGGGCGUUGCAUCGCUUCAAGCUCGACAAAGUAUUCGCGAAGGAGGUGCAGGAUGCACUGGAAACGGUAUCGAUGGAAGCUAGGAUGCGUCAUCAUGAAGUGAUCGAUAUUCGACCGACCGAGUGCGAAAUAACGCGAUCGCAGGAUUUCUAUUUUAACCAAAUGAAAGAGGCCGCUGAAAAAGCGCCCGUUACUGGCCUGCUUCCGGAAUGGGAAGAGAGAAUUGGCGAGUUAGCGGGCCGGUCGCGGUUACGUGGCAAGUACGCGGAUAUCCUGGAGGAGCAGAUGCGGGAAACGAAGGAGCGUUACAACGAGGCGAUGCGGCACGUGGGAAUGUGUCGAAUAAUAGCCAUUGAGUGCGAGGAGGACUCGUACGCCGUCGUCGCGCCGUACAAGCAUCCCGGCCGCACCAAGGCGAUGGCGAAAUUUCUGAGGAAUCGCUGCGUGCUCGCCAAACAAUAUCACUUGUCGCACAGGCUUAUCAGAUGCAUCGUCGCGAAGGCGCAGCUGUUGCUGCCGGAGUUGCUCUGCGACGUCGGGCGAUAUCGCGGGCUCAACUUCCUCGAUCUCGACAGAUUUUUGGACUCGGUCGAGGCGGACCUGAAGAAAAGCGCGCACCUGAUCAUCGCGUCCUACUACAGCGGUGUGGUGCGAAUGGUCUCGCAGCGUCGUAACAUCCAGGACGUGGCAACGGGAGUAUUGCUGAACUUUCUCAAGUGCGCCACGCGGUUGCUCGGCUUGCAAAUAGUGAGCCGCGUGAUCGACACUAUCGAGCAUCUGCUGAAGGUUCUCGGCGAUCCCGCGGCGACGCCUCUGCUCCGGCUCGAGCUGAAGUGCGAGAGGGACGAUCUGUUCAUGAAUCCGCGGCUGUCGGAGCUGCACCAAGUCUUCCACGAUCUCGUGGACAACAUUGCACACGUCGCGCGACACCUGCCGCCGUUGGAGUCGUGGGCGCGAGUCAGAGGCCGCGCCGUCGGCGACGGGACGGCCGACGUGAAGUACGAGGACCUCGGCUCGUUUGCCGCGCCGCCGGACUGGUACCUGGACGAGGCGCAUCUACGCUUGGACCGGCUUCUGCGAGAGACCUUCCGGCCUUUGAGCGACUACGUGGUGGAAUUGCGGCUGCGGUUCAGCGACAUUUACGAGGCGGACGCGCGCCGCGAUGCGGUCGAGCGGACCGAAAAGGAACGCUCCCUUGAGGAAUGUGUCGCGCAAGUCCAGGACUUCAAUCGACGGAUACGCGAGAUCAACGGUAUGCCCAACAACGAAUAUCUGUCGACAAUGAGUCUACAUCAGCUCGCUGCCAAACGCGGCCUCGUCUCCUACGCGAACGAGUUGCGCGCACUCGUCAUCGAUGAGCUCGUCAAGCGUCACUGGAAUUACAAUGUGGAGAUAUGCAAUACCUUCGAGAGGCUGAGGGACCGGGCGUUGAACGUUCCGCGCACCACGAGGGAAUUGCUGGAGCUCGGCCAGUACAUGCUGACGGCGACGUCGACAUUGAUGCGGGAGAUGCAGGAGAAGAUAACACUCUCGCUGCGCAUGGUGGGCUCGUUGAUCGAGAUGACCAGCCUCAGUAAAUCCCAUAUCGAGCUGAACAACACGACGGUGCAGUGGUUGAAGCGCAUCAAGCCAGUGUUCGAUCGCAGCGCGUCGAUGUAUGAGCAGAUGAAGUUCGAGUUGGAGGAGAAGCUCCAGGAGGAGGUCGUGGUUUUAAAUGCGACGGUGGAGAACAUGUUCCCCAGGCUGGUCAUGAUGGACGACAUGGACGACGCAGGUCGCAUCAAGGAACAUAUAGAGGAUAUGCGAAAGUUAAUGCGCCAAUUGGAACGUAUGGAGCAACGGGCAGAGUUCAUAAACGCCGAGGAAUCAUUGUUCCAGUUCCCAUUGACGCAGUAUCCGCGCAUCCAGGAGCUGAAGGAGAACAUCUUGCCGUUUUACAGCCUGAUUUAUCGGGCCUACCAGUGGCAAAGGGAUCGCGGGGUCUGGCUGGACGGUCCCUUCGAGUAUCUCGAUGUGCAACACGUAGAGAACAAGAUCAAUCAGUAUCUGAUCGAUUUUAGUAAAACCUACAAGUUGUUCAAGACGCGAAUCAAGCUGCAAAUCGCGACGAAUUAUCCGUACAGUUUUGCAGGACUGGUAGAUGAUCCCGAUCCUUUUCAGCAACCGUCGCCUCAGAAACUGUGUCAUCAGUUAGUAGAGGACGGGAAAUGGCUCAAACAAUACAUUCCGUUGUUAGCCAUUUUCCGUAAUCCGGCAAUGCGGCAGCUGCAUUGGGGUGACAUGUCUGCAGUCGCGGGAUUCGAUCUGACACCGGACGCUGGCACAACUCUGAGAAAGAUAAUAAAUAUGAACCUGAUGGAGAAUCUGGAGAAGUACGAGAUAAUCAGCAGCAGCGCGACGAAGGAGUUGGCGCUCGAGGAGUCGCUUGAGAGGAUGAAAAGCGACUGGGACGACAUUUUCUUCAGCACUAUGCUGCACAAGGACACUCAGGUCUCGAUCUUGACACAUUUGGACGACAUAUUGACGCUGCUCGAGGAACAUACAGUCAAGUUACAGGCUAUGCGGGGCUCAGCCUUUGUGAAACUCAUCGAGGAAGACGUCAAGUCAUUCUACGUGUUGCUUCUUCGCAUACAGUCGACGAUAGACGAGUGGUCAAAGUUGCAGAUACAAUGGAUGUAUCUGUUGCCGAUCUUCUCGAGCAAGGAUAUUGUGAUACAGUUGCCCGAGGAGGAAGUGCUGUUCAUUGAGGUCGACGCGAUAUUUCGCAAGACGAUGAAGUACGUCAAGAGAGAUCCCAGAGUUCGCGAGACCGCCGGUGCCAUUGGUUUAUUGGAAAAUAUGCUGGAGGCGAACAUGAUGAUGGAGAAAGUCAACAACGGCGUACUGGGUUACCUUGAGAAGAAACGAUUGUUCUUUCCGCGAUUCUUCUUCCUCAGCAAUGACGACAUGCUCGAGAUUCUUUCUGAGACCAAGGAACCGCUUCGCGUUCAGCCCCACUUGAAAAAGUGCUUCGAAGGAAUUAAUCGGCUAGGUUUCGACGAAGAUCUGGAAAUUUAUUGUAUGUUUAGCGACGAUAAAGAGGAAGUGCCGAUGCAGGAAGUUAUCUCGACAGCUGCGGCGCGCGGAUGCGUUGAACGAUGGCUCCUUCAAGUUGAAAAGGAAAUGGUGACGUCGGUGAGAGAAGAGAUUUAUUUGAGCUACUUGGAGUACGAGAAGAAGGAACGAGUAGAGUGGGUCCUCUUGUGGCCCGGCAUGGUCAUCCUAUGCGUCGCGCAGAUUUACUGGAGUCUCGACGUACAAAGCUGCCUGGUCGGUCGCACGAGCUACGCGAUGGAGUCGCUCUACGAGAAGCUGAGAAACCAGAUCCUGAAGCUGGUCAAUCUGGGAAAUGGAUUUCGGCCGGCAGGACGACUUUCCAAGCAAAAUCGAACGACAUUGAACGCUCUGAUCACCAUCGACGUUCACGCGAUGGACGUUGUGAAGUCCCUCAUCGAGAAACAGAUCGUCAACGAGAUGGACUUCGAGUGGCUGUCGCAACUUCGUUAUUACUGGGAGGACAACGUCUACGUUAGAAUCAUCUAUUCGACGGUCAGAUACGCGUACGAGUACCUCGGCAAUUGCCCGCGACUCGUCAUUACGCCGUUGACCGACAGGUGUUACCGCACGUUGAUCGGCGCGUACUCGUUGCACUUGAAUGGCGCACCUGAAGGGCCGGCUGGUACCGGCAAGACUGAAACAACGAAGGACCUGAGUCGAGCCAUCGCCGUCCAGUGCGUAGUCUUUAAUUGUUCCGAGGGGCUCGAUUACAAAAAUAUGGGCAAGUUCUUCAAGGGUCUGGCGAGUUGCGGCGCAUGGUCCUGCUUCGACGAGUUCAAUCGUAUCGAGCUGGAGGUUCUGUCGGUCGUAGCGCAACAAAUUUUGUGCAUAAUACAGGCGGUACGUGCCGGUUUGGAGACGUUUAUCUUCGAAGGCACCGAAUUGAAGCUGAAUCCAGCGGUUUACGUGUGCAUCACGAUGAACCCGGGUUACGCCGGUCGGUCAGAGUUACCGGAUAACUUGAAGGUCCUAUUUCGUACAGUCGCCAUGAUGGUGCCGGAUUACGCGAUGAUCGCCGAGAUCUUCUUGUAUUCGUCAGGCUUCGGCACCGGUCGUGACCUCUCCACGAAAAUUGUCACCACGUACAAGUUGUGCUCAGAACAGUUGUCGUCGCAGUCGCACUACGACUAUGGUAUGCGAGCCGUCAAGACCGUUCUGUCGGCAGCGCAGAAUCUGAAGCUCAAGCAUCCUGAUGACGACGAGGCGGUGCUGCUGCUGCGCUCGCUGAUCGACGUGAACCUGCCCAAGUUCCUCGCACACGAUGUACCGCUCUUUCAAGGCAUCGUAUCCGACCUGUUCCCGGGACUGUCAGUACCCGCGCCUAGUUACGACGCGCUACUCGCCGCGGUGAACGACGUUGCCCAUCAGCGGAAUCUCCGUGCGGCGAACGUGUUCCUGCUGAAGGUUGUGCAGACCUACGAGAUGAUGAUGGUGCGCCACGGCUUCAUGUUAGUCGGCGAGCCGUUUGGCGGCAAGACCUCCGUUCUGCACACCUUGGCGGACGCGCUCACGCUCAUGCAUGAGCGCGGCGACGAGAACGGCGCGAUCACUACGUACUUUGUGCUGAAUCCCAAGGCCAUCACGUUGGGUCAGUUGUACGGUUACUUUGACCCGGUGUCGUUUGAGUGGAGCGACGGGAUAUGCGCGCAAGUGUUCCGCCGCUUCUCCAGCGAGGACACGCCCGAUCGCAAGUGGAUCGUCUUUGACGGGCCGGUGGACGCUGUGUGGAUCGAGAGUCUGAACACGGUACUCGACGACAACCGUAAGCUCUGCCUCACAUCGGGUGAGGUGAUGCGUAUGAGCGACACCAUGUCCAUGAUCUUCGAAACGAUGGACUUGGUGCACGCGUCGCCCGCCACGGUCUCUCGUUGCGGGAUGAUUUACGUCGAGCCACGUGCUCUCGGCUGGGAGCCUUUCCUCGAGUCCUGGAUUAUCGGAUUGAAUCCUGAAUGGGCGGCCGAGAAUACAAUGAUCGAGGAACUCUUCCGUUGGCUGAUGAGACCGUGCUUGGAGUUUAUUCGCAAGGAGUGUCGAGUGACCGUGGACGCCGGGGAAAUCCACCGAGUGGUGUCGACUAUGUCGUUCUUUGAAUUGCUCAUUGAGGACGCCGUGAGGCAAAGUCCCGGUGCGUACGACCAGCACCUUCCAGCCUGGUCCCAAGCCGCCAUGAUCGUCUCCAUGGUGUGGGGUGCGGCCGGCACGUUGGAUCGGGAGUCGCGAGGCAAAUUCAACGCGUUCUACCUGAGCCUCUGGAGAAACGAGAACCCGCAGUUACCUGCGCCUGACUGUGUGACUGCAGAUCCGAUUUCUCUGCCGGGCGAGGAGCCGAUUCACGAUCAGUACUACAACUUUCGCGGCAGAGGGGCGUGGCGACGGUACUCCGAAGCUGCCAAAGCGCAACAGUUCCCGGAAACCGAGAGUAUCUCGCGCACCAUUAUCCCUACGAUCGACACGGUGAAGUAUCAGAGCGUGAUGGCGAUGCACAUCAGGCAUCACCGGUGCUUUCUACUGUACGGCGACACUGGCACUGGUAAAAGCAUCUAUGUGAAGGACAUGUUGACCAACAAGCUGGACGAGGAGAAGUACUUGCCGAACCUUAUCACGUUCGCGCCGAGGAUCACUGCGGCGCAGACACAGGAGCUGGUGUUGGUGAAACUGCACAAGAGACGAGGAGGGACUCACUUUGGCCCACCGCUCGGCAUUCGCUGCGUCGUUUUCGUGGACGAGGUGAACGCGCCAACGAAGGAGAUAUACGGCGCGCAACCGCCGAUCGAGUUAUUGCGUCAGUUCCUGGAUCACGGAGUCUGGUUCGACUUGAAGAAGCCGGACCCUAUCACCGUGUUAGACACGAUGCUCGUGUGCGCGAUGGCACCGCCCGGUGGUAGGAGACAGGAGAUCUAUAGACGUUUUCUGCGUCACUUCAACAUGUUCACCAUCUGCGACUUCACGCGCGACACCCUCUUUCGGAUCUUCACGAAUCUGGCGUUCGUGGGAUUGAAGCAAAACGGCUUUACCGCCGGUGUGUUGCCGAUCAUCAACGACAUGGUGAACGCCACAACGCGCGUCUAUAACCACGCGAUGGAGCAUCUACGUCCGACGCCACUCAAACCGCACUAUCUUUUCAACCUACGUGACUUCGCACGUGUCAUCACCGGCUGCACCUUGCUAAGGAAGGAAUCCGCGGAGACUGGCAAGAAGGUCUUCUGCAAACUGUGGGUGCACGAGGUGCUGAGAGUGUUCGGCGACCGGCUGAUCGACCAGCCAGAUCGACGUUGGCUAUUCCAAGAGAUCAAAACGACCGUGGAAAGUGUUCUGAAGGAGCGUUUUGACACGCUGCUGGACCACUUGCCCAAGUACAAUGACCAGAUCACGGAGGAAAGUCUCAAUGACCUAAUCUUCGCCAAUUUUAUGGACCCAGAGGCGACGAUGGAGGACCGACUUUACGAGGAGAUACCGUCGCUGGAAGAAUACCAACGAUCAGGCCUCGUGUUCCUGCAGGAAUAUAACGAUACUCAUCGCGACAAGAUCGACAUCACGCUGUUCCAUUACGCGCUGCAGCAUCUCGCCAGGAUCUACCGUGUGCUAACCAUCCCGUGCGGCAACCUGCUGAUGGUUGGUACCGGCGGAUCAGGUAGGCAGAGCUUGACAAAGCUUUCCUCCGCCAUAGCUGGCUACGAUCUACGUCAGCCGGAGAUCACUGGCACAUACGGCAUGCAGGAGUGGCGGGAGGACGUGAAAUGGGCGCUGAAGAACUCCGGCGGAGUCGGCAAGGACCUCGUGUUCCUGCUGACCGAGGAGCAGAUCCGCGACGACGCGUUCCUCGACGACGUGGACAGUUUGCUGAACGACGGCGAGGUGCCGAAUAUCUUCAACGUUGAGGAACGGCAAGAGAUUAUCGAGAUGACGCGACUCGCCGCGCAGGGCGGCGAUCGCAACCUCGACAUUUCCGUGUUGAGCGUGCUGGCGUUCUUCGUCAGCCGUUGCCGUGAGAAGUUGCACAUCAUGCUGUGUUUCAGUCCGAUUGGCGACGCCUUUCGGAUUCGUCUAAGAAUGCAUCCCGGUCUGGUGAAUUGCUGCACCAUCGACUGGUUCGACGCUUGGCCGGAGGAUGCACUCGAGCAGGUAGCACGACGUACUCUCGUCGACCUCGAGCUCGCUGAGAACGUCAAAGACGAAUCCGUGGCGGCCUGCAAGUUCUUCCACGGUUGCGCGAAGGACGUGAGCGUCAGGUUCUAUCAGCUCACCGGCAAGAAAACCUACGUAACUACCGCCUCGUUCCUCGAUCUCAUGCGAAUGUUCGCCGAUCUGACGACGGAGAAACGACGGGAGAUCGCUCAAACCAGAGAACGGUACAUAAACGGCCUGGACAAGCUGAAAUUCGCGGCCGAGCAGAUCACUCAAAUGCGCAUCACGCUGACGGAGCUCAGGCCACAACUCGAGGCGUCAGCCAAGGAAACAGCGGAGACGAUGCAGCAGAUCGAGAAGGAGGACGCGAGUGUGAAGCAAGCGACGAUUCUGGUGAAGAAGGACGAGAACGUGGCUAAAGCGCAAGCCGAAGUCGCCAUGCAGUUGAAGAAGGAAUGUGAAGCCGACUUAGCUCAGGCUUUGCCGGCUUUGAACGAAGCCAUAGCUGCGCUCGACACCUUAAAGCCGGCGGAUAUUGCCGUGGUGAAAACUAUGAAGAGUCCUCCAGAGGUCAUUAAGCUGGUUAUGGCCGCCGUGUGUGUGAUGCUGAACGUACCGCCAAUCAGGAAGGAUGAUCCAGUCACUGGUGCUAAAAUUCUCGAUUAUUGGACGCCCAGCAAACGUAUACUCGGCGAUAUAAAGUUUCUGGAUAGUCUGCGGCAAUACGACAAGGACAAUAUCCCGGACCUCAUAAUACAAGAAAUCAAGAGAACAUAUAUGACGGACAAGAAUUUCGAUCCAAAGGUGGUAGCGCGCGCCUCUUCAGCCGCCGAAGGUCUCUGCAAGUGGGUGCGUGCGAUGGUCUUGUACGACGGCGUUGCAAAAAUAGUCGCACCGAAGAAGACUAAGCUCGCUGCUUCGGAACGCGAUCUGAAGAACACUCUUGCGUUUUUGGAGGAGAGACGGCAGACGUUGGCCGAGUUGAACAAGAAGCUGGAGGUGCUGCGCGAAAAACUGCGAGAAACACUAACGCGAAAGAUUCGUCUGGAGGAUGAGGUAACGAGCUGCAGAAACAAGUUGAUUCGCGCAGAGAAGCUGAUCAGCGGCCUAGGAGGAGAAAAAGAUCGCUGGACCACAGUGGCCGAGAAGCUGUGGGUGGCCUACAAGGCGUUACCCGGCGAUAUCUUGAUAUCUUGUGGCGUGAUCGCCUAUCUGGGACCUUACACUGCUAGCUUUCGUGCCGAGAGCCUUGAGAAAUGGACGGAGUACGUGACAAAGUCCAUGAUACCUUGCUCGCAAGAGUACAACUUUGUCGCGAUUUUGGGCACGGAGGUGAAGAUCAAUUCGUGGAACAUGUUCGGUCUGCCCCGUGACUCCUUCUCGAUCGAGAACGCCAUAAUAAUGGACAACUCAAAGCGCUGGAGCCUGUUCAUCGAUCCACAGGGUCAGACGAACAAGUGGAUUCGCAACAUGGAGAAGGUGAACGACCUCCAAGUCGUCAAGCUGACUGAUCGUGAUUACAUGAACGUUAUAGAGCACUCGAUCGAACACGGUAAACCAGUGUUAAUUGAGAACAUCAUGGAGGAGCUGGACGUCGCUCUGGACCCAAUAUUGACGCGACGGAUAUACAAAUCCGGCGCCUUCUGGUACAUCACUCUCGGCGAGAAGAACAUCGAUUACAAUCCGCGCUUCCGUCUAUACAUGACGACCAAGCUGCGCAAUCCGCACUACUCGCCGGAGAUAUUCAAUAAAGUGACGCUGAUUAGUAGCGCCUUGACUCUGGAGGCGCUGGACGAUCAGCUGCUGGGCAUAGUAGUCGCGAAGGAGCGACCGGAUCUGCAGGAGAAGCGCGAGUACUUAAUCGUGCAGAACGCUCUGAACGUGAAAGCUUUAAAGGAGGUGGAAGAUAACAUCCUGCGGAUUCUGUCGGUCGCCGGUGUCAAUAUCCUCGAGGACGAGGAAGCUAUCGAGAUCUUAGACUCGUCGAAGAUCCUGUCGAGUGACAUCGAGAAGAAGCAGGCGGCGGCGAAGAAGACGGCGAUGCAGAUCGACGUGUUUCGUCAGAAUUACCGGCCAAUCGCCAAGUACAGCGCGGCGCUCUACUACACCAUCACCGAUCUGCCCAACAUCGAUCCGAUGUAUCAGUAUUCGUUGACGUGGUUUAUCAACCUGUACAUCGGCUCGAUUGAGACCGCCAGCAAGAGUAAGGAUCUUGAGCGACGACUUGGCUUCCUGCGCAGCACGUUCACCUACAAUCUCUAUCAGAAUGUGUGCAGGUCACUGUUCGAAAAAGACAAGAUUCUGUACUCAUUCAUUCUGUACACAACGAUCCUGUUGGCGUCGGGCGAGAUCACCGAGGAUGAGAUGUCGUUUCUCAUUAUCGGCGGCUUCGCUCUGGGCGAACCGACCGUGAAGAAUCCCGCCAUCGACUGGCUCCCCGAAAAAUCCUGGGGCGAGAUAUCGAGGAUUGCCAGUGCUACGCCGGUGUUUGCCGACUUCAUGCGAAGUUUCCGAGACAAUCUACCAUCAUGGAAAGAGUUCUACGAUCUUUUGGACCCAGUGGACGCGCCUCUACCAAAACCUUGGGAAACGAAGUUGACGCCUUUCCAGAAGUUGAUCGUCGCGAAAGUGAUAAGGCCGGAUAUCGUGCCGAUAAAGAUCCAGCGCUUCGUGGAAGUCGGGAUGGGUCUGAAGUUCGUGGUACCUCCGCCUUUCGACAUCGCCAAGUCGUACGCUGAGUCGAGCUGUUUGACACCCCUGGUUUUCAUCUUGUCGACCGGUUCCGAUCCCAUGGGCGCGCUGACGAAAUUCGCGGAGAGCAAGAACUACAUGGACCGUUUCGAAUCGAUCUCGUUGGGUCAGGGUCAAGGGCCUAUUGCGCAGAGAAUGAUUGAACGAGCGCAGUCCGAUGGUUCCUGGGUCUGCUUGCAGAACUGUCACUUGGCUGUCUCUUGGAUGUCCGUUCUGGAGAAGAUCUACGAGAGCCUCGAUCACGUCAACACCGAGCAGAACUUCCGCCUGUGGUUGACUAGUUACCCAUCGGACAAGUUUCCCGUUAGCAUUUUGCAGAACGGUGUUAAGAUGACUAACGAGCCGCCGAUAGGUCUGCAAAACAACAUUAUGAGGUCGUUCAUGGCGGAAGGUACGAGAGAAGUAGACGCUUUGGAGAGAGAUUUGACAAAAAAGAAGACAUUCUUCAGACUGCUGUACGCUUUGUGUUUCUUCCACGCGGUGAUCCAAGAGCGACGGAAUUACGGGCCUCAAGGCUGGAAUAUUCGAUACGACUUCAACGAAUCCGACUUGCAAAUAUCCGCGAUGCAAUUGGAACUGUGCGUCGCGAAUUACGAGAAUGUACCUUUCGAUGCGAUCAUGUAUCUUACCGGCGAAUGCAAUUAUGGCGGUAGGGUGACGGACGAUCGGGAUCGCAGGUGUCUGAACACUAUUUUGCAGGACUUCUAUAACCCGGACGUAAUCGUCGAUCCGAACUAUUCGUUCGCCGACGUUGGUCCCGAGUACACCGUACCGAAAAGGCACACUCACGAGGAUUACGUGAGGCAGAUACGAUCGAUCCCGCUGAAUCCAUCGCCAGAGGUGUUCGGCCUUCACGUGAACGCCGGUAUAACUCGCAAUCUCAAGCUCGCAGCUGAUCUGCUCGAUUCCAUGGUACGAAUACGAAGCGCCGUGGUUACUGGCGACGCUACGAAGCAAGAUGAAAUCCUGUUGAAUAUGAAGCGAGACAUUUACGAGAGAAUGCCGGAACUCUUCGACGUAGAGGAGGCGCAAAAGCGCUUCCCGAUCGAGUACAUGGAGUCGAUGAAUACAGUGUUGGUGCAGGAACUGGGAAGGUACAAUGAUCUCUUAGCGGAGAUCCGAAGCAGUCUGUCGAUGUUGGAGAAAGCGGUGAAGGGACUGAUAGUGAUGACGCCGUCGUUAGAGGAACUAGCAAGCAGCAUGCUCAGCGCAAAGAUUCCGCCGAGUUGGGCGAAGGCGAGCGCAUAUCCCAGUUUGAAGCGGUUGCCGAGUUUUGUGGACGAUUUCCUGAAGCGACUAGACUUCCUACAAAAAUGGCUGGUCCACGGGAAACCGGACACGUUCUGGAUAUCUGGGUUCUCGUUUUCGCACGCUUUCCUAACCGCGAUCAUGCAGAAUUAUGCCAGAAAGUACAAAAUACCAAUCGACAAAAUCACCUUCAACUAUGAAAUACUCUCGACGUAUCAGUCCAACGUGUCACCUGUCGAUGGAGCUUACGUUUAUGGAAUGUUUUUGGCGGGAGCUCGAUGGGACACAUCGUUAAUGUUGCUGGCCGAGAGUUAUCCGAAGAUAUUGUGGGACUCCAUGCCGAUCGUAUGGUUCAAACCAUGCGAAAUAGCGUCUCUUCGUGUCGGCAACCGAUACGAAUGUCCAUUGUACAUCACAUCGGCACGUUUCGGCGUGCUGAAAACCACGGGUCACUCCUCAAAUUAUGUGCUAUCAAUAUUUCUGGACACGGAUCGUCCUGUGAGCCAUUGGAUCAAGAGAGGAUUAGCUUUGUUAUGUCAAUUGGACGAUUGACUUAACGCAUUUAUGACACUUUUGUUUUAUUGCAUUGCAAGAUACUUUAUUUUUAUCAUCUUCUGAGUAACAAAUGUUGUAAAAGUAUCGUAUAAAAUUACUGCCUAACUUGUUUUUCUCUUUUAAAAUGUUAGAUGUACAACUUUGCUUCCGCCGUUUUUUUUUCCGAAA